AUGUUUACCCGUUCGGGCGGCUCUGGGGUCUUCAUCAUCGACAGCAUUUCGGCGCCUGACCCGGACAGGCCGCGGUCUAUAGUGUUCGAAUUGUUGUAUGAUCUCGAGAAGGCGGCCAGCUCGUUUUCACGUAUAAUCUCUCUGUACGUUGAUCCCAACGAAACGAACCCCCCGGAUUUGGUCGACGAGGCCAUCGGCGUUACUUGGGCCUCCGUUGUCCAUGACGGCAAACCAAACUCUGCCAACCGUGUGUACCCCGCGGAAUGGAGAGGUUCACGUCUUGGGCACAACUUAAUAGCCGACAUGUACUACGGUAUGGUUCCUGUCCAUUGUCCCUUGUCAUCAACGUCCAUGCCAGUCAACAGGGAGUUCAUUGUUGAGGGCCGCUUGAUCAUUAAGUGUGACCUCAACCUCCCCUUCCGGUGGGCGUUCCGGUUCCCAACCCAUGCUCGAUGGGAGAAGACCCCGCUCCCUAGGAAGGGCCAGGAGCUGGACCUGGUCAGCAAGGUCGUCAACAGGCGUGCAGACGGGGUGUACGUCCUUGAGCCAUUCAAUGUGGUUUUCACCGCGAGCACGGCUCCCAGCCGAACUGGCCUAUUCACAACAAGAAAUUCUUUGCUAUCUUUUCUGCUUUCCUGGAAUGGCGCCACUAUUUAG